GAGUCCAGUGAGUCGGGCGUUCUGCGGAUAGAGAGUUUUCUCCGGGAGUUUGAACACUCGGCUGGCUACAUUACAUACUCUCUAAAAGAGCAGGCGACGUCGUAUGUACUCGUUUGGCCGGAAAGAAUGGCGUUGAUAGUGCAGCCAUGCCGAUGCGGUGGCGUCGCUGCAGCAACACUGCCCUCUUCUCUCUCCCACUCUCCGUGCCUAUUACCGAGACGCGUGUCUCUCCCGAAUUUGAAUGUCGUACUUUCUCCUUUACAUCAAAGCCGUAAAUUCGAAAUUUUGGCAGUUGUUAAGAGGAGCCCUAAACGUCUCAAGUACUCUACUCCUCGUUUCACUAAGGAGGAUGGUUUACUCUACCUUGAAGUUGAUCCUUCAGGAUCAGACUCUUGGAAAUUGGAUCCUGUUAUUCAACUUCUUAAAGAGGGAGCUGUAGGAGUGAUCCCCACAGACACUGUGUAUGCAAUAGCUUGUGAUCUGAGGAGCCACACUGCAAUUGAACGUUUGCGUAGAAUUAAAAACAUAGAAGCUACAAAGCCCCUUAGUAUCUUAUGCCAUUCCUUACGGGACAUAGAUAAAUAUACAACAGGAUUUCCUCGUGGCGAUGACCAUGGUUUUACCAACAUUUUUCGAGCUGUUAAACAUUGCCUGCCUGGCCCUUAUACUUUCAUCUUAACUGCAAGCAAAGAGCUGCCUAAACAAUGCACAAGGUAUGGAACUACUACGUCCAAAUAUGCAUCAAGGAAAAAUGUUGGUGUUCGCAUACCUGAUGACCCAGUGUGUCAAGCUAUCCUGGACAAGAUGGACGGACCUUUAAUAUCCACAAGUGUCAAGUCGCCUAAAGAGAAUGAGUGGAUUCUGGAUCCUGUUGUUAUAGCUGAUGUAUAUGGUCCAGAGGGCUUAGAUUUUGUCGUCGAUGCUGGUGUUAGAGUUGCUGAUCCAUCAACUGUUGUUGAUAUGACUGGAAGUUAUCCUAAAAUCAUACGGCAAGGCAAGGGUGCGAAACAACCUUGGAUGGUAGCAGGUGAAGAGGAUUUUGAUGUAAAAUAACGAUGCUAAAUCCGAAUGGUGCAAGAAGUGAAAUAUUCAAAUAUUAUCAUUAUCCUGUGGUACUUGUGUGUGUAGCCAGGCCAUAAUGUUUCUUCCUUUUUUUUUUCCUACAACUACCACCUCCAUUUAAGAGCUUCAAUAUAAUGUAUGAAAAUCCUGCUCCUUUACUUCUUUUUCA